CAUCCUGAGGAGAGAGCCACUGAAAGCCAGCCGGGCUGAGAUGGCCUUCAGGAUAUCUUGGCUCCUUCCACUGCAGGCCUGCCUUUUUCCAAGCAGUCUUCAUCCCUGACAACAGCUACAAGCAGCACCAAAAUUUUUUUGAUAGCUGAAGUGAUGGGAUUGGUGCUGAGCUGAUCUUUUUGGAGGAGAUCUUUCUGGAGCUUCGUGAUCCGAAGAUUUCCCUUCUGUUUCCAAGAGGAGUGAGGGCUGCAAGGUGGAACAGCUCCUACAUUUCUGAGGGAAUGGCUCUGCCACAAAGGAUUUCUUCCCCAGAGAAGAUUUCCAUGGACUGGCAGCAAAGACAGAGACCUGGAGCAGGACUCUUCAACCUGGGCAAUACUUGCUACAUCAAUGCUAUCCUGCAGUGCCUGACGUACACACCCCCUCUGGCCAACUACCUGCUCUCUUACGAGCACAGCCUGUCCUGCCAGCAGCAAGGCUUCUGCAUGAUGUGCACCAUGGAAGCUCACGUCAGGAAGGUCCUGAGUUCCUCAGCCAGUGCCAUCCUGCCUGGAGCUGUCCUCAGAGACCUCAAAUUCAUAGGAGAAGAGUUCGAGUAUGACAGGCAGGAAAACGCCUACAAGUUCUUACGCCGCACGCUCGAUGCCAUGCACAGAGCUUGUCUGAGCUGCAACUUGGACGUCUCUUCACAAGAAACUACCAUUGUCCAUCAAAUAUUCCGGGGCUUCAUGAAAUCUAGAGUCACAUGCUUGAGCUGCCAAGCAGUUGUGGAUUCCUACAAGGCCUUCCUGGAUGUCUCUUUGGAUAUCAAAGCAGCCUCGUCCCUCACCACAGUUCUGGAGGACUGUGUGACACCCAAGCAGCUGGAUCAGAAAGGGUGCUUCAGAUGUAGCAAGUGUAAGAAGAAAGCUGCUGCCUCCAAGAAGGUCACAGUCCACCGUGCACCCCGAGUCCUCACGCUGUGUCUGGAAAGGGCUGACCAGUGGACUGGCACAAAGAUCAACAAGUUUGUGGAGUACCCUGAGUACUUGGAUCUUCGGCCAUACAUGUCUGACACAGCUGGAGAACCCCUCCUCUGCUCCCUAUAUGCCAUUGUGGUCCACAGUGGGGACACCUGUCUCGAAGGACACUUUUUGUGCUAUGCAAAGGCCAGCAAUGGGCUGUGGUACAGGAUGGACGAUGAGUCUGUGGAUAAUUGUGACAUCCACACAGUUCUAGGGCAGCAAGCCUACUUGCUGUUUUAUGCCAGGUGCUCGGAUUCGAAAAUAAGAGAAAUGAUGGCUUCCUCACCAGCACCACCAUAUUCCCAUGGCAUGCUUGGUGAGGGAGGGGCCAGCCACCAGCAGGGAGGUUCCUCAGCACCACAGGAUCUGCCUGGCAGGAUGAAGGUGAUGCACAGUCAGAGGAACCAUGCCAGGGAGAGAGCCCGGAGCAGAUCCCCACUGUGGGGCGAUGACCUCUGCAGCUGGAUCAUCAACAGCACCAACCAUGGCAGUUUAACAGGAAGGAGGAGGAAGAGAAGCAGUCAUUUAGGACUUGACCACACUCCCAGGAAUGCCACAGCUCCAGGGCUCGCUGACAGGAUCUGCCAGCAGGUGCCUGCACCAAGCCUGGCUUGGGUGCAAACCUUGACAGUACAAAGAGAGCUGGGCAGGUCCUCAUGGCAGGACUACAGUCUCUGGAGCCAGGCUGUGGAGAUCACAAACUCUUACCUGUCGGUGUGGAGGUCUGAGCAUCCCAGAGAUGCAUGUCAGACAAACAGCCUGGAUGAUGCAGCAGCCCAGCAUCUGAAACAAACAAAAACCCACUUGUUUGGAACCAGCAGGCAGAAAAGCCAAAGCCAGAAUUAAAACCCCUUGUUGGCCUGUG